AUGGCACCUUCCAAAAUUGAUAUCACACAUUUGCCGUCAACAAAUUGCCCAGACAACGAAUCACUUCUUGAUCCAAGCGAUAAAGACCACUUGCUUCAUCGCUCCUUCAUCGAGCCACCAGCCCUGGUUGAACGAGCCGAGGGUGUGAACCUAUUCCUUUCCGAUGGAAGGAAAAUCAUCGACGCUUGCGCAGGCGCAGCGGUAGCCCUAAUUGGACAUGGAAACAAAGAAGUUCAUCAAGCCAUCGUCAACCAACUACAAAAAGUCAGCUACGUUCAUACACAGUCAUACACUACCCAGUCCGCGGAAGAUCUUGCAAAUCUCAUCCUGCGAGGGAGUCCACACGGUCUUGAAAAGGCCUUCUUCGUUGGAAGUGGCAGUGAAGCUGUCGAAUCCGCGUUGAAGCUUGCACGCCAAUAUUAUUUUGAAAAGAAUGAGCCGGAAAGGCUACACAUCGUCUCGCGGCGCCAAGGUUAUCAUGGCAACACUAUGACCACCAUGUCGAUUUCUGGAAACCUGGCCCGUAAGGUCCCGUUCGAAGGCUUUUCAUACCCGCAUACAUCGCAAGUCUCACCCGCUUUUGCUUAUCGGUAUAUGCAAGAGGGUGAAACAGAAGUUGAAUAUACCGCACGCCUUCUUCAAGAGCUUGACGACGAGUUCCUUCGCGUGGGCCCUCACAAAGUUAUGGCCUUUAUCGCGGAGCCAGUGGCUGGAUCUGGCAUUGGCAGUGUUACUCCACCUACCGGUUAUCUCGCCGGAGUUCGCCGCUUGUGUGACAAGUACGGUAUCUUGCUUAUAUUCGACGAGAUUAUGUGUGGUGUAGGCCGCACCGGCACGUUCUUCGCCUUCGAACAAGAAGGGGAUGCUGUCCCCGAUAUCAUGACCAUUGCGAAGGGCCUCGGAGGUGGAUACGCUCCAAUCUCAGGUGUUCUUGUCCACAAACGAAUCGUCGAUGUCCUCCGCCACGGAUCAAAGGCUUUUAACCAUGGCCAUACAUAUCAAGCCCACCCCACCUCUUGUGCAGCUGCAUUGGCAGUCCAGAAAAUUGUCGUGAGAGAUGGACUGAUUGCUAGAUGCGCAGCCAUGGGAAAGAUCUUGGAAUCGAUGCUUCGCACCGAGCUGCGGGAUUGCUGGUCCGUUGGAGACAUCCGCGGAAGGGGACUAUUUUGGAGUGUUGAAUUUGUCAAGAAUAAGCAGACGAAGGAGACAUUCGAGCCGAGUAUUCACUUUGGAGGGCGUGUUCAACAGGCUGCGUUCGAAAAAGGAGUUGCGCUCUACCCUUGCGGUGGAACGGUGGAUGGUAAAAAGGGUGACCAUCUGAUGAUUGCACCACCUUUUAUUAUUACCGAGGAGGAGCUGAGGACUGUCUGCAACGUUUUGCGGGAGGCUGUUGAAUCUCAACAACGGUUGUUUUCAUGA